AUGGAGAAUCCGAGCUUGAAACGCGGCGUUUUGGAGAGCUUCUUCGGCUCUCUGAUCCAAGCGGUUGCUGCUGAAACUGUCACUGUUCUGGCCAAGUCUAUCGAAUUGUCUCUGCAGAAGGGAACUUUGCGUGACGGGUUCCCUAGAGAACUUUACACAAACGGAAGGUUGACGAUGAUUCCACUCCAUACUUUGAAGAAAGCUAAAGAUGAAAAUGAAGACGCAAGUGAAGGAAAAGAAAAUGAUAAUGAUGAUGAUGGUGAUGAUGACAAUGAAGUAGAGGAAGGCGCAGACAAGGAAGAAAAUCAAGGAAAUGAGAAAGAACAAGAGGAUCCAGAAGAUGAAGUUGAAGCCAAUGGACAGGGUGCAAGCGAAGAUGAUGAUGAUGAUGGUGAAGAAGGCAUAGAGGAAGAAGAUGAGGAUGAAGAUGAAGAUGAAGAUGAAGAUGAGGAGGAGGAAGAAAUUCCUCAGCCACCGAGGAAGAAAAGGAAAUGA